CUUUGCUGAGACCUACAACACGCAGAACUCCGUAAGUUGCCCGUUUCCUGUUUGUGUCUGCUUUCUCAUCUUGCGUGUGUGCACGAUUCCGCAUCUUUUUGCCUUUGUGCAGGGACUCGACGACUCGCGCGCCUUUACCGAAUCUAAACCUGGCGACGCAUCGUCCACUUUGUCACCGCGUUGUAAUCGGCACCGGCAGGCAUCUUUGUCCAGUUCAUUCUAUCAGCCGAGCCUUAUCAAUCGUCUAAUCUUCUGUUCACUUCCUUUGCUGUACUUAUAUCAUGUUUGCCCCGUCGACGUCACGAUUUACCAGAACACUGCUUACCUCUGCGCGUCUGCAAACAGUUUCAAUCAACCCCACAUCCUCCGCGAACCUAUACCGACCUCUUCUCACACAGAAGUUCUUCUCCAACACAGCCAGAAUGUCUGACACCGGCGUACACAACCUCCAGACCAAGGCGGCCUUCGACGAGGCGCUCGGCGACAAGUCCAGCCUGAUGGUCCUUGACUGCUUCGCUACCUGGUGCGGUCCUUGCAAGGUCAUUGCGCCCCAGGUUGUCAAGUUCUCCAGCACAUACCCCAACGCACGCUUCUAUAAGCUUGACGUCGACGAGGUCCCCGAUGUUGCACAGGAACUCGGCAUCCGUGCCAUGCCCACCUUCCUUCUCUUCAAGAAUGGUGACAAGGUCGCCGAGGUCGUCGGUGCCAACCCCAAGGCUCUCGAGGCCGCCAUCAAGGCCAACGUCGACGCAUAGAUUGCGCGCACAGCACAUACUCGCAAACGAUCUCGUUCGGCAGCUUAGCAUUGGGUAGAGGAGGAAGUGGACACAAAAGGUCGCAUUUUUAGGUGCACAUGGCCCCUUGCAGCUCAUCGGAAGGGACAUAUUGCAGCACAGAUAUCAUGAUACCUUACUAAAUGACACGACUUGACAUAGA